CGGAAGCGGGGACGCGGCGCGGCCGGGGCGUCGGCGGGUGCCGGUCGGGAGGACCGGGCGCAGCGGCGGGGUCCGGCCGGCCGGGGACCCGCCGCCGCCAUGCCGAGCCCGCGCAGCAGCCGCGAGCGGCGCGGCGGCCGGCCCGAGUUCCUGUCGCUGGUGAGCCAGCGCGGCGGCGGCGCCCCGGAGAGCCCGUGCCGCCGGCGGGAGGCGGGCGGCGCGACGGCGCUGCCCGAGGAGGACUGCAUGCGGCUGAACCCCUCCUUCGCGGGCAUCGCCCUCCGCUCGCUGCUCGCCGUCGACCUCUGGGCCUCCAAGCGCCUGGGCGUGUGCGCGGCGGAGGGCUCGGCCUGGGGCGGCGCCCGGCCGCUCAUGAAGGUCGUCGAGGUGUCCGGGCACGGCCUCCCCUGGCUGCUGGGCACCGCCUACGGGCUCUGCCAGAGCGACAGCGCGGCCACCCGCGAGGUGCUGCUCAACCUCCUCUUCGCAUUGCUGCUGGAUUUAGUGCUGGUGGCGGUGGUGAAAGGGCUCGUGAAGCGGCGGCGGCCCACCCACAACAAGAUGGACAUGUUCGUCACCAUCUCCGUGGACAAGUACUCCUUCCCAUCGGGCCAUGCCACCAGAGCCGCCUUGGUCUGCCGUUUCGUUCUGCACCACCUGGUGCUCGCCGUCCCGCUGCGGGUCCUCGUGGUGCUCUGGGCCCUCAUUGUCGGCAUUUCGAGGGUCAUGCUGGGCAGGCACAACGUGACAGAUGUGCUCUUCGGCUUGUUCUUGGGCUACGCGCUGUACAGCGUGGUGGAGUACUGCUGGCUGUCACCGCUCAGCGCGCCUGCUCUGUUUGCGCUCUGGAGCAGCUGAUGGCUGGGCCUCCUCGAGGAGGAAGUGCACACCCUGUUCUCUAUGCUGUGCACAGGGCGGGUACCGGGGCUCGUUGAACCAACAUCUUAGAUUUUAUCUAACCAGCCAAAACUACAACACUAACGGAGCUCCCGGGGCUGUACUUGGACAUUUGGUGCUGUCUUGCCCUCCCACUGGGCUCUCAGGCAGCGCGCACCAGCCACAUGGCUGCACUCACUGUUCUCCUGGGAAAAAACAGCCCUUGCAGAGCCUGGGGAGGAGCUGACACAUUCAUCUGGCAGCUCGCUGCUGAUACUGUGAAUCAGUGUGCCCUUGCUGGGCAUCGGCUGUGUUAGCCCUUGCAGUGUAAGUGGCAGCUGUGGCUUUGCAGGGAUUUCUCAGUGAUUGCUCACAUGUCUGUGUGCUGUAAAUACGCUGAGCUAUGCUGUGGUGAGCAUGCACUGUGCAGCCUGUUCCAUAAUGUCUGACUGGAGGGGACUCGCUGGGGUCUGUCCUCUUGGGUUUGUAAAAAUAUCUGCCUUCCCAAGCAACGCAUGUGUCUCUCCUGUUGCUCUUCAGUUAAGCACUUCACCGAGGCCAAAUCUCAACCUAGAAGGAUGCAGGCAUCAGGCUCCUAGGGCCUUGGGGAAAGGAUGGGGUGACCAAGGGUUUGGUCUGGCCAUUUCUGAGGCAGUGGGUGACUGGAGAAGUGGCUCCCAGCAGCAGGCUGCUCUUAAAGCCAUUGUGCAGAGCCUUCCAGCUCCUGCUUUCUCCAUGGGAUUCCUGCUUUCUCCAUGGGAUUUUUUUUUUUAAUCUCCCAGAGAGUGGUAAAAAGAGGGUUCACAGCAACUUAAAUUUGUUAGUGCGUGUUAUGAGUGCCACUGACAGUGGCACACAGUGUGAGCCGCUUCCCCAUAGCCCUUGCAGCUGCAGCUCUCUGUACACCCUUGCCCAGGCUGCUGGAGUUGGGCCCAGGAGUUGGGCCUUACCUGCAUUCCUGCCAAGAGGUGUCCCUGGCUGCACCAACAGCAGCUGCAGCUCCCUGUGCUCCAAGGACAUUGACUCUACAUUUUUACUGUGACUGUUUGCCCUAGCAACAUUUUUUGUUGUUGUUGUUUUUAAUAAAGCAGAGAAUGGGUCUGAGUCAUGCCUCACCCACUCCUGAGGCCUAAGA